CUUCACAGAUAAGGGGCCUGUAAAUAACAGAAGCUACUAGUUUUACAUAAGAAUCAAGCUUCAUCAUCGACACACUUUCGUAAGAUCAUAGUAUAGAAAUGGGUUUGAAAAUUGGAGGCAAAAUUGAAAAAGUGAACGGUAAAGAACUAAGUUAUAGUGAAUUCACUGAGAAAUAUAUGGCUCAAAACCAACCUGUGGUUCUUACUGGACUUAUGGACAAUUGGAGGGCUUGUAAGGACUGGGUUUCACCUAAUGGAAAACCUAAUCUUCAAUUUAUCUCCACCCAUUUUGGGAAAUCCAAAGUUCAGGUUGCGGAUUGUGGGACCAGAGAGUUUACUGAUCAGAAGAGAAUAGAAAUGACUGUUUCUGAAUUCGUUGAUCGUUGGCUUCGUGUUUCUUCUGAUGAUAAUGGUGAUAAAAGUGAAUCUUUGUUGUAUUUGAAGGAUUGGCAUUUUGUAAAGGAAUAUCCGGAGUAUAUUGCAUACAGAACUCCCGUGGACUUUUCCGAUGACUGGCUGAAUUUCUAUCUUGACAAAUUUCGUAUGCAUAACGAUCCUGAUACAUAUAGUGAGAGAAAUGAAAUAAGUUGCUCUGACUAUCGUUUUGUAUACAUGGGAUCAAAAGGAACAUGGACACCUCUGCAUGCUGAUGUAUUCAGGUCAUACAGUUGGUCGGCAAAUGUCUGUGGAAAAAAGCAGUGGUAUUUUCUGCCUCCAAGUCAAUAUCACUUGGUUUUUGACAGGAAUAUGAAAAGUUCAGUAAAUAACAUCUUUGCUGAUGUUUCUCAAUCUAAAUUUCCUGGAUUUGAAAAGACUAUAUGGUGGGAGUGCACCCAAGAGGAAAAUGAAGUAAUUUUCGUGCCCAGUGGAUGGUAUCAUCAAGUUCAUAAUCUGGAGGAUACGAUAUCCAUAAAUCAUAACUGGUUCAAUGGAUAUAAUUUAUCUUGGGUGUGGGAUUUGCUUUUGAGAGAUUACAAUGAGGCUAGUGAAUACAUUGAAGACCUCAAAGGAUGUGAUGAUUUUGAGGAGCUUUGCCAGCGAAAUCUUGCUGCUAAUACAGGCAUGAAUUUCUACGACUUCUUCAUCUUCAUUGUGCGCUUUGCCUUUGCAAAUGUAGUCCUACUACAUACACUUGCCCAUGGAAAGAACGAAACAAGUCGGAAACCAUCAGAAACGAUGCAGCAAUUAUAUUUUAACCUCGAAUCUAUAAGAAGUAUCGGUGUGAAAAUGAAACCCGUAAAUGCAGAGAACAGACAAGGUGUUUUACUUGAUUUAAGGGGAAACUUGGAGGAUCACUCGUUUAUAGAGCUCUGUGCUGCUGUUGGAAAAACAUAUGAAUUGAUACAUGGCCAAAGUGAGGUGACCCAAGCAGUAUCGCAGUGUAAAGACUUGAUAGCGUUUAAUUUCAUUAGAUCCCAAGUUCAGAGUUCUGAAGACCUAGUUACCUUUAUUGAUGAUGCUUUGACAAAAUUAGGUAGUGAUUUUUCUGGUUAGAAAUGUAUGUUUACUCUCUUGUUCUUGGCAAGGUAGUAGCUUGUUAUCCAUAGGUAUAAUCUCAGGUGUAUUAUCACCCUCUUUUACAUGUUUAUGCUUUCUAAAUAGUGUUGGCACUAUGCCUUUUCAAAUUAAACGAAAACAUUUAUGUUUGUCUCAUGUAAUCUGCCAAGUAUCAUCUAUGAUGAUCUACUACUUUUUUUUUCCUUAAA